AUGAAUCUGGAUCAAUUUGAGAAAACUAUGAUGAAAAACAGCUUCGGUGAUACCAUGAUGCCUGAUGACAUUCAACCUCCUACUGCACAACAUCUCAAACAAGUCGUCCAAUCGUUAAUCAAUUUUCAGUAUUUUUACAGCUUGGAACCACAGCAAAUUAUGAAUGGAACAUUCAUGGGUCUUCAAUUAAAUACGUCGUUACCUUUGGAUUCAUGUUACUUCAUAGGAAAAACGUGUUUCGAAUUAAAUGAACACGCUGACGCUUCAGACUGGUUAAAAGCGUAUUUGUCUUUAUCAGCAGAUGAUGAAGAACAUCGUAAAAAAGUCAACAAAUUAUUAUAUCCCUCUUACAUAUUUUUAGACUAUGUGUAUGAUGCAUUCAUUGCUGCAUCUAACUACUUGAAAGAUGAUCCUCACAAUAUACCUGCCACAGAUGCUGUACUUGAUUUAAGCUUACAACUAGGAAAGCUCAACUCAUACGGCCUUUCCAGCAUAGAAACCCAUCGUCUCUGUCGAGGAGAGUAUGAUGCUAAAUCUGCUGUAGCUCAACUCAAUCUCAAAUGCAGAUAUAAACACGAUGGCUCAGCAUUUCUGAAAAUAGCUCCACUCAAGGAAGAGGAACUAUACAACGAUCCGAAAAUUCUGCUCUAUAGAGAAGUCUUAUACGAUUCGGAAAUUGAGAAAAUGAAAGCCUGGGCUGCUCAGAACUUGAAUGUAGCAACGGUAGUGGCAAGAAGUGGACAAAGCGAAAAGGCGUUCAAUUAUCGAAUAAGCGAAACUGGAUUCAUGCCUAAUCAAUCUCCUGAGUUUUCCAAUUUGUAUAAACGCAUAGAAGAUAUAUCAGAGUUUCAUCUUCAAGUUGGCGAAAUGUGGCAAUUUCUCGGUUACAUGCCUGGAGGUCAUUAUGCAAUGCAUUCUGAUUAUUUACCCGACAAAGACAAUACGGUUCAAAGUUAUGGAAAUCGUGAAAUAUCCAUGUUAUUCUACCUCAACGAAGUCAGCUUAGGAGGUGAAACAGUCUUCACCCGUCUUCGUUUGGCCGUAAAACCUAUCAGAGGUGCGGCAAUCCUUUGGUAUAAUCUUCAAGCUGAUGGAUCCUAUAACUACAAAACAGAUCAUUGUGCUUGUCCUGUUAUCAUAGGAGAGAAAUGGGGUUUCACACAAUGGAUUCGAUCAAAAGAUCAACAGUGCCUAAGACAAAUUUUUGAGAACAAUUCGACUAAGAAAUUCUCGCAAACGAAUAAAAUUUUAAAGAACCUAAACUGA